AAAUAACCAAAAAUAACGACAGUUGUUGAAUAGACAAGCAUACAGCGCAAUACAGCGACAAAUCGACAAUUAUUAUUAUCACACACAUUUGAGGAAAGCUAUUGUGAGCCAUAACGACUGUGAGCCAAGGUUAACGAGUAAAGGAACAAAAAGAAAAAAAAAAUCUAAAAAUGGCACAAGAACCUGAUAUGCCAACAUUCAAGUGUGUCUUGGUUGGUGAUGGUGGUACUGGCAAGACAACAUUUGUAAAACGUCAUUUAACUGGUGAAUUUGAAAAAAAAUAUGUUGCAACACUUGGUGUUGAAGUACAUCCAUUGAUAUUUCAUACAAAUCGUGGAGCAAUACGUUUUAAUGUAUGGGAUACAGCUGGUCAAGAAAAAUUUGGUGGUCUUCGUGAUGGUUAUUACAUUCAAGGACAAUGUGCUGUUAUUAUGUUUGAUGUAACAUCACGUGUUACAUAUAAAAAUGUACCAAAUUGGCACAGAGAUUUGGUUAGAGUUUGUGAAAAUAUUCCAAUUGUACUUUGUGGUAACAAAGUUGAUAUUAAAGACAGAAAAGUUAAAGCAAAGAGUAUUGUAUUUCACAGAAAAAAGAAUCUUCAGUACUAUGAUAUCAGUGCCAAGAGUAAUUACAAUUUCGAAAAACCAUUCCUCUGGUUGGCAAGAAAAUUAAUUGGUGAUCCAAAUUUGGAAUUCGUUGCUAUGCCAGCACUUCUUCCACCAGAAGUUACAAUGGAUCCACAAUGGCAACAACAAAUUGAAAAAGAUCUCAAGGAAGCACAAGAAACAGCACUCCCUGAAGAUGAUGAAGAUUUGUAGUUUAUUUUAUAAAUUACUACAUAAAUAUUUUUUAAUAAAAACUAAUUUGCAUAGGCAAGAAGAUAAAUUAAACAAAAACAAAAUAAAAAAAACACAAACAAUUGAUCAAUAGUAAUCGAGUCCUAUGCAAUGAACUCUUAAUAAUUUUUUUUUUUUUUUGUUACGUUACAUCUUGGAUCAAUGAUUAUUAUUAUUAACUUGGAAAAAAAGAAAUUUUUAAUCUUUUUUUUUUUUUUUUUGUUUUUCUGUUUUCAAUUGUUGAUAAUAAUAACAGUGGAAUGUAAAUUAAUGUCUGAAUUUAAAUAUCAUAGACAAGAUAAAAUAGUUGAACCAAUUAAAAAUAUUUUUAUUGUCAAUUUUUGAAAUAAUUAUUGUGUAAUGAAUGAAUAAAAGGAAAAAAAAAAAAAAAAAAAAUGAUUUUUCAUAAAUUGAUUAAUAUUUAAAAAUGUCUGCGAUAAUUUAAUAAAAAAAAAAAUUCUGUAUCAAAAAAAAAAAAAAAAAAAAAAAAAACAGUCAAAUUAAAAUGAAUUUGUUACUGCCAAUUUUGAAUUAAUUAUUAAUGAAUGAAUAAAAAUGAAAAAAAAAAAAAGUUGAUCUUAUAAAUU